CGGAUUUUUCUCCUUACUCUGUCAUCUCUUCGAUACGUUUUCUAGGCUUCUUCAAUGGAUUUUUUGUCGAUGAUUCUGUUCUUGUUGAUUCUUCAAUUGGAUUGCGAGAUACUUUUGCUUCUGAUACACACGAUAACAUCAUUCAUUCAAUUGGUGACAAUGAUUUCGAAGUUGAUCAAAUGAUUGAUGUUGAAUUGAUCGGAGAAGAAGAUAUUGUUUCAAAAGCUUCUAAAUUGUUAUAUCUUCUUAGCAGAGAUACAAACAGAGGUUUAGGAGUGGCAAUGUAAGUUUGAUUAUGAAGUCUUACUGUUGUUGGAAAGAAGGGAAGAAAGAACAAAAGGGUACUGAAAACAAAAUGUAUACGAAGUUAGAUUAUCGUUCUGGUUGUAAAGUGAAGUUACAGUUUUCUAUUAGUAUUGAUGGUGAAUGGGCUGUUUCAAAGCAUAUUAUUGAUCACAACCAUGCUUUUUGUCCAAUUGGUCAAAGACACCUGCUGAAAUCACAUAGAGGCAUUGAUCGUGAGUAUCUUGAGUUUAUUAUGUUGAUGAAGGAGAGUGGGACAAAGGUUUCAGAUGUUCACAGGAUGCUUUAAAAACAGGCUGGUGGUGUUAGUGCUCUUGGAUUCACGAAACGUGAUGCUUAUAAUGUUCUAGAAUCUGAAAGAAGUAAAACGUUUGAUGUUACUGAUUCGAACACUUAGAUUGAUAUAUUGAAGAAAACGGCUGAAGUGGAAUCUGAUUUUUUUCUAUGAUUUUGAGCUGGAUGACGGUGUACUGAGUUGUUUUUUCUGGAGAGACGGUCAAAUGAGAUCUGAUUAUGAGAGGUUUGGAGAUCUAGUUGUGCAUGAUACAACUUACAGGACUAACAAGUAUGACAUGAUCUGUGGUCCGUUUAUUGGUAUGAAUCAGCACUGUAAAAACAUAAUGUUUGGUUGUGGCUUUAUGCUGAACGAAAAGGUGGAGUCUUUUGUUUGGUUAUUUCAGACUUUUCUGAAAUCUAUGGGUGUUAAACACCCCAUCAGUUUCAUGAUAGACCAGUCAUUUUCCAUGGCAGCGGCUAUCAAAUAUGUGUUUCCUGGAGCAAGACAUAGACUCUGCACUUGGCAUAUAGAUGAAAAUUCAAAGAAACACAUCAUGCAUCUACACAAGAAGUUAAAUUUUGUUCCUCUGUUUGAUUAUGUUAUGAAGCGAUGUGACACAGUUGCAGAGUUUGAUUUCUACUGGAAUGAAUUGAAUAGAGUAUAUGAAUGCAGUGACAACACAUGCUUGAAGAGGUUGUACAGUCAUAAAGAAAAGUGGUGUCCUGCUUUUUCAAAGGAUUACUUCUCUGGUGGUGUUCUAUCCUCCCAAAGAAGUGAAUCUACAAAUAGAUCCAUAUCUAGAAGACUUACAAAGACUACAACAUUAUGUGCUUUUUUCAAAAUGUUUUGUGAUGUUGUUGAUGAAUGGAGGUUAGAGGAAAAUGGUCAUGAUUUUAGAUGUUCUGAAGGCACCAUUGAGAUGGUAUUGCUACAAGACAGUUUGUUGUCUCAUGCUAGAGAUGUGUAUACCCUUGAGAUUUUCAAAUUGUUCCAAGAACAAUAUUUGAAGGGUAUGUCACAUUUUUUUAAACUAAUCUCACAGAAUUGUAAUGAUUAUGAGUAUCAUGUUUGGUUGAAUGGGGUAGAUUUGAUUAGACACAACGUUACUUUUAAUCAAAAUGACAACACAGUGACAUGCACUUGCAAGAUGUUUUCAGAAGUUGACACUUUGUGUAGACACAUUUUGCGUAUAUAUAGUCCAUUGUGUCAAAUGUAUUCCCCAAGUUUAUAUAUUGUCUAGAUGGAAAAGGCUGCCAUUCUGCCAAAUUUUAAACGUUCUCUUACGCAAGGAACCGAUAUUAUGUUUGGGAAAAUAUUGGAAGAUUCUGUUUGGAGAGUGCAAAUGACUAGGAAAUUCAACACAAUAUUGGGUGCAAGUGCUGGUUUUCCUGAAUCUAUGCGAGUAUGUGAGCAAGGAUACGAGUCUAUUAAACAUUUUUUUAGAUAUUCAAUGAAAUGCUUCUGUUGUGGAUGAAUCUGCUUCAAGGACAAUAUUGGAUCCUCCACGCUCUCGUCCUAAAGGUCAGCGAAAUACCCGAAAGAGAAGUACUAUUGAAAAACAGUGCAAAAUAGUCAAAGCUCGCCGUUCCAAAUCCCAAAAUGUUGCCUGCAAAAUAGUUGCUCAAUCUGUUGCUCAAAAUGUUGCCUGGUAUUCGUUUAGUUUUUUUAUUUUUUUAUAUAUUUAAUGCAUCUUUUCUGAUCAUUACUUUUUUUGUUUAAUUCUAGGACACUGUUAAUUUCAUGGUUCCACAAGGUUAUCUUGCUCAUCCAGUUGGAGCUAUGACGUCCUUAAUGCAUGUGCUUGGAUGUCCACAAGUUUUUGCUUCAUACUUCAUGCAAUCGAAUGUUGUGAACCAAAUGCAGAAUUAGUUAUAGAGAUACACAUGUUUGGCAUUUCUUGUUUUUUUAUUGUACAAGUUGAAGAGUUUACAUAUAUUGUGGGUUAUUACAUGUGUAGCAACCAAAGUUACAUUUGAUUUAAUGGAAUUUAUAUUGUCUUUA